AUGGCGCUGCUGAAUUACGAAGACUUCUCACAGAUGGUGGUGGAAAUCGUGGGCCGGCGCUUGUUGUUGGGAAGACAUUCGUCAUGUGAAGAGGACAAAUUGACCUUUGUUGAAAUUGAGCUUUUUGAUGAAGGUUCUGAAGGUUCUGAAGGCAAGGGCCCGGAGAAAGAAGCUUGUAGACUUUCCCGAUGCUCUGAAAGUGGAAGGCAAGAGCCGUACACUCCGCCUAGGCCCUUGAGGCUUCGAGGUCACAAAGGCUGCAGCUUGAGCAGUCCGAAAGCGCCGCCACCGAGUGUGCCACCGAGUGUGCGACCGCGUGCGUCCUUGUACGGCAUCCAGAUAGGCUAUGCCAGAAGCCUAAGGAGCAUGCCUUCAGGACGAGAGAAAGGCGGUCAGAGCGGAGCCCAGCUUGAGUUUCACUUAGAGAUCGACUCCGCAGGGCUCAGUUUUAGAGACUUCACAGCAUUGGGUGGUCAGGGACUGUUUUGCAACUUUGAGCAAGCUUUUACAGCUUUGAUAUUUUGUGAGGAGAAGACCCUCCAGCAAGGGUUUGAGGCCGAAAAGUUAAGAGGUGCUAAGUAUUCCAGUGCCUCCCUCCAACAUGUACGCUUUGCGGUGAGAUUGGGACGCUGUAGCCCGGAUAGCCUUGCGGAAGUGAAACGCUCAGAGUGUGGAAGCCUCAGAAAAGAGCUCCCAGAAGCACCUCGAAACGCAGGUUGUGAUGCACCUAGGUUCAUCAUGGUCACCAUGGUGCAAGUCUGCCGCGUCCGGCAACCAUGUUGCGAAGCUGCCACUGCGGUGUCAAACGCCUCUAGUUCCAAGUCCGAAAACAAUCUGAGGAUAUUUUGUGAGGAGAAGACCCUCCAGCAAGGGUUUGAGGCCGAAAAGUUAAGAGGUGCUAAGUAUUCCAGUGCCUCCCUCCAACAUGUACGCUUUGCGGUGAGAUUGGGACGCUGUAGCCCGGAUAGCCUUGCGGAAGUGAAACGCUCAGAGUGUGGAAGCCUCAGAAAAGAGCUCCCAGAAGCACCUCGAAACGCAGGUUGUGAUGCACCUAGGUUCAUCAUGGUCACCAUGGUGCAAGUCUGCCGCGUCCGGCAACCAUGUUGCGAAGCUGCCACUGCGGUGUCAAACGCCUCUAGUUCCAAGUCCGAAAACAAUCUGAGGAUAUUUUGUGAGGAGAAGACCCUCCAGCAAGGGUUUGAGGCCCAACCUUUGGUCUGGGCUGAGAGACUUGAAACGGAACCCAAACAGGUGAAACCCAGGCAGAGGCAUGGCUGUACUUUGAAAUCCAAACUGCCCUAUGGUCAUGGUGCUUGUGGCAGCGGCGGUCAUCACCUCACAAUCACAAGUGCAGAAAAGGCGCUGCGUAAAGGGAAGAGCCGGGCAGAUGUGUAA